CAAAUUACAAAUUACUUACAAAUUUGUAAUCUGAGAAGCAAAAUGCUUGACUUCAGAGAUACUGCCACACCAGUCUAUUAGGUAAAUCACUGCAACACGUGGCACAGGUGCGGUAGGGAACAAGUAAGGACGGGGGUGGGGGGAUGGGGAGCGGGGAGAAAAGGAUCGCAAGUACUUCGAGGUCAGGUUCCAAUUGUGAAGCUUCCCUAAUUUUCUCAUGUAGCCCAGACUGGUUCACCAUCCUGCCUCGGCCUCCUAAAUUCUGGAAAAGUUACUCAAGUCUUCUCAAGUUUCUUCUGCAGUAUAAUGAUGAUCAUUACUAACAGGUUUGUCUUAAUGAUUAAAUGUGAUAAACUUGUCUUCAACGGUACCAAGCCCAAGAGCCUGGUUUGCUCUUCUGCAAGCGGUCUGCUAAUCCCCGCUUCUCUUAAGACGUUGGAGAGUAGCGAGCUGUUGAGCAGUUCUGGCAGUCUCCCUAGUCUUCUGAGGAAGUAAAAAUUUGAAACCCAACGGCGGCAGCCGGGUGGGGCUGGGGUGACCUCAUCGCUCUUCGGCCCCCCCUUCCCCUCCCCGGCUCCUCCGCUCCCUGGAAGUUGUAGCCGAGCUAUAGGGGCUGAAGACACAGGUGUGCGCAUGCGUAUACCAAACCCGCGCGGCCCCUGCAAGUGCUUCCCACGCCCCAGGCGCAAUCCCCAGGUGCCACCGCCUCCGGGCCCGGGAUAGAGCGCCCGUCGCAGGGGGCGGGACAAGGGCGGGGCUCCGUGAGUGGCGGAAACAGGAACCAAUUGUCGGACGGCUCCGCCUCCGAGCGGAGUUUGAAUUACGCGGGGGUCCAACGGCUCCAGAGCGGAGACAAGACGCUGCUGAGAGUGUCAGAGGCUGGUGGAGGUUACUGUCCUCCGACCCGCGUGAAGGAGGUGGAGGGUCUCGGGUCUUGACUGCCAGGAGCGUCCGCCAUGAGGAGAAGUGAGGUGCUAGCAGAGGAGUCUAUUGUAUGCCUCCAGAGAGCUCUGACUCAGCUUCGGGAAAUAUGGGAAUUAAUUGGGAUUCCAGAGGAGCAGCGAUUACAAAGAACUGAGGUUGUGAAGAAGCACAUCAAGGAUCUUUUGGACAGGAUGAUUGCUGAGGAGGAGAGCCUGAGGGAAAGGCUUCUCAAAAGCAUAUCCAUCUGUCAGAAGGAGCUGAGCACCCUGUGCAGUGAGCUACAAGUGAAGCCAUAUCAGGAAGAAAAGGAGAUAACUGUCUUGCAGUUAGAAAAAGAUUUGCGCACUCAAGUAGAAUUGAUGAGAAAACAGAAAAAGGAGAGAAAGCAGGAAUUUAAGCUACUUCAAGAACAAGAUCAAGAGCUCUGUGAAAUUCUUUGUCUGCCUCUGUAUGAUGUGGAGAGCUCCUCUGUCCCCACCUUAGAAGAGCUGAACCGGUUCCGACAACGGGUGGCAACAUUGAAGGAAACAAAGGAAUCUAGGCAUGAACAAUUUGUCAGCAUUAAGAGACAAAUCAUAUUGUGUAUGGAAGAAUUAGAACACACUCCAGAUACAAGCUUUGAAAAAGAUGUAGUGUGUGAAGAUGAAAGUGCCUUUUGUUUAUCGUUGGAGAAUAUUGCAACACUACAGAAGUUGCUACAGCAGCUGGAAAUCAAAAAGUCAAAAAAUGAGGCAGAGUGUGAGGGACUCCGAGCUCAAAUCCGAGAGCUUUGGGAUAGGUUACAAAUACCUGAAGAAGAGAGAGAACCUGUGGCUGCAAUUAUGACUGGAUCAAAAGCCAAAGUCAGGAAUGCGCUGCAAUUAGAGGUGGAUCGGUUAGAAGAGCUGAAAAUGCAGAACAUAAAGCAAGUGAUCGAGACCAUUCGAGUGGAGCUGGCUCGGUUCUGGGACCAGUGCUUCUACAGCCAGGAACAGAGACAGGCUUUUGCCCCUUACUAUUCUGAGGACUACACAGAAAACCUGCUUCAUCUUCAUGAUGCUGAGAUUGUACGGUUAAGAAACCACUAUGAAGUUCAUAAGGAACUAUUUGAAGGUGUCCAAAAAUGGGAAGAGAGCUGGAAACUCUUCCUAGAAUUUGAGAGAAAGGCUUCAGAUCCAAGUCGGUUUACAAACAGAGGGGGAAAUCUUCUAAAAGAAGAAAAGGAACGAGCAAAGCUACAGAAAACACUCCCUAAGCUGGAAGAGGAGCUGAAAGCGCGGAUUGAAAAGUGGGAACAAGAGCAAUCAAUGGCGUUCGUGGUGAAUGGGCAGAAAUUCAUGGAGUAUGUUACAGAACAAUGGGAACUGCAUCGACUGGAGAAAGAAAGAGCCAAACAGGAAAGACAACUAAAGAACAAGAAACAGACAGAGACAGAGAUGCUCUAUGGCAGUGCUCCCCGGACACCUUGCAAGAGACCAGGAAUGACUCCCAACAAGCCUGGCAAAAUGAACACCACCACCAUGUCCAGUGCUACACCCAACAGCAGCAUUCGGCCUGUCUUUGGAACAAUGUACCAUUCACCUAUAUCCCGACCACCUCCUGGCAGCAAGGCAGUGGCCACUUCUAUGUGUUCUGGAAAGAAAACACCUAGAGCUGCCCAGCUCAGGGCCAACAAGGAGAACAUGGAGCUCAAUGGCAGCAUCCUGAGCGGUGGGUACUCUGGCUCGACCCCCCUCCAGCACAACUGCAGCAUUAAAUCUGUUGCCAGCACCUAUUCUGAGUUUUCGAAGGACCCGUCCCUCUCUGACAGCUCCACUGUUGGGCUUCAGCGAGAACUUUCAAAGGCUUCCAGAGCUGACGCUACUUCUCGAAUCCUCAAUUCAACCAACAUCCAGUCCUGAGAAUUCUUGACCAGUUAGCCAGCUGUGGCUUCCUGUGCCUAGACUGGACUGACUUGUUAUACUGGGGUGACUUUAUAGCUUUUCUUCAGUUUAGGUGUGUUUGAAACAACCCUGUUGUGAUACCGUGAGCCUAACUUGAGGCAUGAGUACCACAGAUGAAGCCUGAAAAUCUAGUUAUGACUGCAAGUACACAUUUUAACAUCUGGUACCUAAUUUGUUUUCUCUACCCCAUAAUUCUAUUUAAAGAAUGGUCAAGGGUUUAUUUCACUACUGUAUUGAAAAAUGAGAAAAUGAUUGUGCCCAGCCUUGAAGUAUGAGACAUGAAACAAUUCUGGCCUGUAGACCUAGAAUUAGCAGUUAACAUCUUUACCAAUUUUUUAAAUUAAUGCUGUAGCUAUGGUAGCUUUGAUUUUAACCCAGAGACCUGUGCCCCUCACCCCACACUAUCCCAGUGAGGAUUUCUUGUGUUCUGGCAUUUGAGAUGGCUUGACCUGCUGCCAAAGAGUAGCAGUACCAGCAUUUAUGUAGUGCAAUCUCUUUAUGAAGUGUGUAUGAACACAUGUGCUUGUCUGACCUGUCUUCCAGCCCUGUGCUCCCUAUGCACAAUUAUUCUUGUAGCUGACAACAAAAUGGAGAGGCUUUUGGGGUGGGUUGGACCUUUUGGGCAUGGACAUGAGCAACUUUGCACAUCUAAAAGGCAGUGUCCCUGCAAUCACACCCACCAGGCUCUUUAAGCACCCAGAGGAUCACUACUCUUCCCAAAGCACUAUUAUUUAUUCUGUGGUGUGCCAACACAGUAAAUGAUUCUUUAAAACUCGGUCUGUGUCGUCAUGCUGUCUUUUGCUCAAAUAUAUAUGUUCUCUUUUUAAAUAUAUUAAAAUAAAAUGUAUAUAGUUACCUUUGGAAAACA